AUGACAAUUCCAGGCGCGAAGCACUUUUUUACUUCUCGCUCGCUACAUCGUACAUGGAGUUUCUCAUCAAGUCAUUUGAUCGGAGCACUUUAAAAUACAACGACAAAGAUGACUUCGUCGACUCAGGCAGCUUUGGCGAAGUCUUUCGGGCAGAAAGAACGGACACGAACGAUAUCGUCGCGGUGAAGGUUCUGAGCGGGCCAAGAAGACUAAAAGAAGAGCAGGAGCGAAUGUUUCGAAAGGAAGUCGCCAUUUUGAGUGGACUGGCUCAUCCCAAUAUUGUCAAGUUUUUGGGCGUGUGUUUCCAUGCGUCGUUCUACGCGUUUGUUAUGGAGUUCGUGGAGAAUGGCAAUCUCGAUGCGUUACUGUUGGAGAAACUCGAAGUUCACUUGGACUGGCGUGAGUGGGUGUGUCUUGCAAGAAUGGCGCGUGAAGUUGCUGUCGCCAUGGAGUAUCUGCAUCGUCAACAGCCGCCUAUUGUUCACAGGGAUCUGAAGAGUGCUAACAUUCUGGUCGAUGCUAAUUACCAUUGCAAGGUCAGUGACUUUGGUCUCUCAAAAGUGCGAGGCAUUUCUACUUUUACUACAGCAAGACAAAAGAAAAACUUCAAUCCAAACGGUACUCUGCCAUUCAUUCCUCCCGAGCGAUUCGAUCAAUCGGAAGUUGAAGAGAAAGCUCGGAAAGGAGACGUCUACUCGUAUGGAAUGAUACUAUGGCAGAUGAAGGAAAAGGCGAGACCAUUUGGUGAUAAUGAUGUUGCUAUUCGAGCUAUGGUUCUUUCUGGAGCGAGGCCGGCAAUUACUGAGUCUGACGACUGUCCAAGUCAAGUAACGAGUCUUAUCAAAGUGUGUUGGGCACAGAAACCUGAUCAAAGACUAGACUUUAGAGAUAUUGUUGUCAAAUUGAACGAUGUUGUCAUUAACACGCCCGAUGGAAGAUCAUCUGCGAAUUUUUCAGAUAAAUGCGAUAGUGUGAGGGUAGUUUACAGUAGUCCUACGGUGCCGUGUCAACCAUCUGGUUCAACAAAGAACGACAAUGCAGGAAGCAGUUCAACACCAUCAAAUCUUCCAUCAAAAGAACACGAACGAAAGAUAAAAUUCUAUUGGAUGGAAUUGCUUGCCGAUCUGGAGGUAAAAGGCGUAUUGAAUAAAAUGUAUUCUAAGAUCAAACAUUUUGAUAAGAGCGAAUACGAUAACAUGGCGUCAUCUCGAACUGGUGCUAAAGACCUUUUGAUGUGGUUAUCGCGAAGAGGCAAAGACGAGUACGACGUAUUUUUGGAGGCACUGAAGCAUUCGCAACCUCAUCUGCAUGAAAUGUUGUGCAAGCCAAAUCCAGAAUUUGAUAAAUUUUUUAGGAAAGCUUAGGUCUGUUUUGAGUGACCGAAGUGGCUUCUAGAGAGGCUCAGUAGGAAAGUGGCUUUUUAGCUUUGUGUGUUGCCUUGUUACUGGGUGAUGAGUGAAAUCGAUUUCGAUACCAUUUGGCUUUGUAAAUUUUUGACAUUUUGGAUAUCAUUUUAUUUGGCGUAGGCUGUACUUGAUUUGCAAUACAUCAUAUAGACCAUCUCAA